GGUUGCCAGAUUGGUAAUGUCAUCACCCUGCCGCUUGCUGCAUUACUGUGUGACUACGGCUUUGACGGAGGCUGGCCUUCGAUCUUCUACGUACUUGGGCUUUUUGGUGUGGUCUGGUGUGUAGUUUGGCUGCUCGUCGCAGCGGACACGCCUCACUCUAGUCGCUGGAUCACCCACGAUGAACGCCACUACAUAGAACACAGCUUGGCCGGCCAGAUGUCGUACGAAAUCAAGGAUCGAAGCACUCCUUGGCUAACGAUAUGGACGUCAAAGAGAGUGUGGGCCAUCGUUGUUGCUCACACCUGUGCGAACUGGGGCACCUACACAUUGCUCACCAACAUCCCCACCUUCAUGAAGGAAGUGCUCAAGUUUAACAUCAAAGCCAAUGGCGCUUUCUCGGCCAUCCCUUAUAUUGGUUUCUGGGUGGGAAUCAACGCUGCUGGCUUUGGUGCGGACGCGUUGAGAGCGCGAGGCUGGAGCACAACAAUUGUGCGAAAGCUAUUCCAUUCAUCGUCUAUGGUCUUGGCAAGUAUAUUCCCUGAUAGUGACCGUCUACCUGAUUGUACGCGGCCGUAUUUGGCUGUGGCGAUUCUCACCGUGGCUGUCACAUUUUCUGCUCUUCAGUAUGGAGGCUUCAUUGUCAAUCAUGUUGACAUUGCCCCCAAGUACGCCGGAGUGUUGUUUGCAUCUCGAACACGUUCCCUAUGUCAUCCUCCACAGGGAACACAGCAACAGUGGCAGACGGUGUUCUACAUCACUGCCGCCAUCAUGGUAGGCGGCGCCAUCUUCUACUUCAUAUUUGGCACAGGAGAGCUGCAAAGUUGGGCCACAGAGCUCGAUGAAGCCGAGUCAAUAGCUGACCUCGUCGACGAAGAUAAGGCGAGAUAG